UCUGCGUGUGCUUUCCUGCGUGUGGUGGGGAUCGGCCAUCAGCGCAGCGCAGAUCCCAUUCAAACAGGUGUGAGGAGCAGAGACGGUCCCGGGUGGCGCAUGUUGGUCGGAUACGUGGCUGCAGCCUGGAGCCCACAGGAGCAACGGCGUGAGCAUCUUUGGCGCUUUUCUGAGGCUUGAGCGCAUCCGAAAAUAGUGUUGGCUGUUAGAAAGUAGGUCGAUAGGAACUGAGAGCGACGGUUGUUUCCGCGCUUUUGUCUCUGUUCUUUGUUGUUUAGCGAGGACUGUGGUCUCCCCCCCCCCCCCCCCCCACCCCUUUCACAGCCCACCCUUGUGUGUGUGGAGCCUUUUUACGCACAGGUGGGAGAUACCCGCUCAGCGUGUAGGACAGCCCCCCUUCUCUUCUCUCUCUGCUCCUCAGUGGAUGAAAUGAGGAAGUGACAUUUUUCACCGCUGCGGUUCGGGACAGCUCGGCUCCUCUGCAAACAGGUGUUCCGCUCUCCGGGUCACUUUUCACCAGGAAGCCAACCGGAGGGGAGGAGAAGCGUCCCAGAACCCGAGGGGAGGCUCCUGGACUCGGGACAGCGGGUGGAAGGAGGAGGUAUAAAAGCAAGAAGAAGUCAGCUCUUUAUUAGCCUGGGCUGCCUGAACGGGCUCAGACAGAGAGAGGAGAGAGAGAAAGAGAUAGAGAGAGGGGAGAGAGAGGGGAGCGAUGGCAACGAAAAAGGCGUGCGUGGAUGCGCCCAAGAGGAGCCGGAGUCCGGUCGUGCUGGAGGCUGAGAUGUUCCGAGAAUUUCAGGACUGGUGUCUCCGAACUUACGGGGACUCCGGCAAGACAAAGACCGUCACCCGACGAAAAUACAACAAAAUCAUGCAGACACUGUUGCAGAACGACGAGCCGGACGGGGUGUACAUGGACAACAGCCACAUCAACGCCAAAUUCAAAUUCUGGGUGAAGUCCAAGGGCUUUCAGGUCGGCACCAACGUUCUGGGAGAGCACAACAAGAAGGGAGCGCCCGGGAAGCCCGUCCUAUACGUCCCGGUCAAGUCAACGUGUUCAGACGGGAAUUCGGCCCAGGACAACUCCUCCCUGAAGCGCGUCGCAGUUGUGGAGGACUUCUUUGACAUCAUCUAUGCCAUGCACGUGGAGAUGGGUGCCGACCCAGGCCGAGCACCCAAACAUGCGGGACAGAAGAAAACCUACAAAGCGAUAGCGGAGACCUAUGCCUUCCUGCCCAGAGAGGCGGUCACUCGGUUCCUAAUGAGCUGCGGAGAGUGUCAGAAGAGGAUGCACAUUAACCCCAGCACCGCAGAGUUUAAAGAAAAUGACCGACCCACCUCCCUGGUCCCCGACCUCAUUGACUACAACAUGCCUCUCACUGCCACCUACCUGAAGCAGAUGAAGCUGCAGUGCAUGACAGCCACCGAGCGGGAUGACAGUUCGGUGAGCAGCGAGGACAUGAACCACGCUGAGCCCACUUGGGUCGCAGCGGAGCAGCCAGCAGUGCCUGAACCGAGUUCACCCAAUGGAGAGCGGGUCAGCAACCCGGCCGCCAUUGUGAAAGAGGAGGAUGAUGAUGACUCCUCGGAGAGCAGCAGCGCCAACGGGCUGCCGGCCCUGACCUCCCCGGAGGUGCUGGCUGUGGGUGCAAACCCCCCAGAUGGCGGGGCUUCCUACGGGGAGGUGGCAGAGAACGGGCUGAGUGCUCCCCUGGACUUUAGCACCACCUCGUCCUCAUCCUCCUCGGAGGAUCAGCAGCCGGUGAAUCUGAGCGACAGAUUGCUGCCGGCUGGGAGCUCGCCGCCCAACGGCUACACCGCAGACCCCAACAAGAAGUACCCCAUCAAAACAGAGUUCUCCAGCAAGUCUCCUCCUUACAGCUCAGGGAGUUACGAGUUGGUGAAAACAGAACUGAGUAUGAGCGCUGAGGACUUGACCUCUGGACGGGCACAGAUAAUCGACGACGACGACGACGAUCACGACGACCAUGAUGACAACGACAAGAUCAACGAUGCUGAGGGGAUGGACCCUGAGAGGCUCAAAGCCUUCAAUAUGUUUGUGCGUCUGUUUGUGGAUGAGAAUCUGGACCGCAUGGUGCCCAUCUCCAAGCAGCCCAAGGAGAAGAUCCAGGCCAUCAUCGAGUCCUGCAGCCGCCAGUUCCCGGAGUUCCAGGAGCGUUCUCGCAAGCGCAUCCGUACCUACCUCAAAUCCUGCCGCCGCAUGAAAAAAGGCGGUUUUGAGAUCCGGCCAACGCCCCCUCACCUCACCUCUGCCAUGGCUGAGAACAUCCUCGCUGCCGCCUGCGAGAGUGAAACCCGAAACGCUGCCAAGAGGAUGCGGCUCGAUGUCUACCAACCGACGGAUGAGUCCGCCUCCGUUGAAAAACCCAUAACAAGGGAUCCAGCUCCUGUGGCGCCAUCAGGGUUCACUAUUGCCAGCGCAGCUUUUGCCCAAGACCAACUUUACACCAACGGAGGCCUCAACUACAACCUGCGGGGAUACGGGACAGUUGGCAGCACCCAGCAGAGCUCCGCUGCGGCACAAACCAACGGUCCCACAGAUCUGAGCAUGAAGUCCGUCGGCCCAAACUCCUCCUCCUCCACCUCCAACAGUCACGGUCAGGGAGGCGGUGGCGGCGGAGCCUCCGCCCAGCUCAGCCCUCCGGAGGUGACGGCGGUGAGGCAGCUCAUCGCUGGGUACCGGGAGUCUGCGGCCUUCCUGCUCCGCUCUGCAGAUGAGCUGGAAAACCUGAUCCUGCAGCAGAACUGAGUCCAAGCCAAACCGUGCCAACACCCUUUCCCCCCCCUCAGCCUGUCCUUCUCUGUCGCUCCGUGUCUCACACAUUCUGGCAGACUUUCAGACACAAAGACACGAUCCUACACGAGUGAUACUUCAGUGCAUAGUGGGUCAUGUAGGUAUGGUACCUUCGCUUGUUCCCACGAGGUUAUCUUAUGUCGGACUGGCCGAAACAUAUCACGGGCUGAAACAUGAUGAUUUAUGCAUUUGGUUGACCUUAGUGCCCUGCUUUGUGUAGCCAUUCAUCUCAUCAACUCCAUUACACCAGUGGAACCUCCAUUUGUCUCAGGAAGCGAUGAUCAGUCACAAAAAAAAAGAAAAAAAAAAACUUUGCUGUGUAUUGAUACACAGACUGAGGUGUUGAAUUAGUUUAACCCCAAUAGCAACAAAUUAGUGAAUCAGCAACAUCCUUUUUAUUUUCCUGGUUUUAAACCGGUGGUAAAUAUGUGUGAAGUGGCGUGGUUUAAUUGGGUUGUCUGAAUCGAGUAAUUUUUUAAGUCCAUGAAGGAAUUGCUGCUAAAAGAAGUGGCACCCUGUUAACCUCAAAAGCUGCUGAGCUACAUGUAAGCCAAAAAAAAAAAAAAAGUAAAAGA